UCACACAGCGACACGAAGAAACUGUACGAAGAGUUAAGAGAGAAGUUAUCCAAUUUAAGCCGCACAAUUAAGAACCUCGAAACAAGAGCAUCCAAACCGAAUUUCUCUACAGACGAACUUGCUUAUCACGUGAGUAUUGAUUGCUUCUCGAAUGUACUUAAUAAGAUUUGUCCUCUUACACAGGUCACAUGUCUCAUGUGCCUCAUACCCUUUGCGCAAUUGUUAUUUUAACAUCCAGAGUGCAUGCUCCGUUGUACAAAAAUGAACGGGGGAUAGUACAUCUAAAUACUUGUAAAUGCUAUAAGAUAAAUGAUUUUAUUAAAAUGAAGGCUGUUCUAUGAUGUAUUUGCUUCCAUAAUUCUAUCUCACACUCAUUUAAGGAGAAUCUGGAGGGAAGGGACCCUCCUUAAGAGGAAUUCAUUGGAGAGUGAGUGGGUAGAACUCUCUGAAACAAAAACGGAAGUCUUGAGUGUUUAUUUUUCAGAUCCGAAAAGUUCCCUCUGCUAAGACUUACAAAAGUGACCAGCGGGAGGAAAAUGACGAUCUCUGUGUGGGAAAUAUUCAAGAUGCACAGACAAAACUUGAAAGGUAACUCAUACAUCCUUCCAUUAGUAGUCCAAAGCAUCUUCGUUUGUUCUUUGUAAGAAUUUAUAAUUGGAAUCGGAACAUAGGAGAUCACCUAUCAAGAGGUUUAAGUUUACUAUGAUUUGAUUCAUUGAACGCUUUUAAGAUAUUUGAGAUCCCUAGAUGGAAGUGACAUGAAAUACAUCUUUUUCCUCCAGGGCAUUGGAAACACUGCGAGAAUUAAAGAAACAGCAAGACGGCAGAGAAUCUAAGAUUCAAGGAGCUGCUGUGGGCAGAAGGAGGAAAUCGAAACGAUGCUUUCAGUUUGAAAAAAUUGACGGCGAUGUUACAAAUUACAUGGUAAUUCCUAGCAACAUCAUUAACCCAUAGGAGUAUUUUGAAAUUUAAUAAGGAGUAACGAAGUUAGUAUGUAAAAACUUUCCAGUGUUUUUUAGGCUAGGAAAAUAGUGUUAAACGUUAUCAGCUCCAAUCUCAGCUUAAUUCCUAUUAAUUCCACAGCUGUCGAGAGUAAAAGUCAAUAUUUGUGCUAACAUGUUUCUUUGUGGCUACACUUGGCAAAACAUCCUUAAUUUUUACAAAUUUAACGUGAAGAAACCAACACAACAGCUGACAAAUUCCAAGUAAAAAAUAAAAAUGUUCAGUUUGGAAGGUAUUUUGAAUUAACUCAGUCGAUGCCCUGAGACAAUGCCUGGUACUAAUUCACAAAAUGUGGCAGGUACAGUCAACAUUUUGCUUUGUUUGCUUUUCGGUCAUUAUACAGACCUUAAUUGGAGACAUAUUAACUGAAGUGGAGCAGGCAAAUCAAGUCAAAAGAUUUGGAAAAUCAAGUUUACAAGAAGGAAAGAUUCCCAGAAAUAAAGAGGAGAAAACGAGACAAGAACUAGAGGCAUUUAGCUCUCGUUGGAAUGGACUCGGUGAGGAAGUUCUCAAGACAGCCAACAGGUAAGAGAACGUAAAGUCUAUCUUAUCUGAAACACAGCGGGGGCGGAUCUAGGGGGAGGGUGCAGGGGGUGCGCACCCCUCCCCCUGAGAUGACCUGCGGUUUUCUAAUACAACUGGUAUUCUGAAAAAAAAAAACUAUGUGGUUUAUUGGUGUUAAAGUAGAGCAAGAGACGAGUGCACCCCCUCCUAAAAAAAAUCCUGGAUCCGCCCCUGCACAGCACAUGCUGUGUCCCUUGGAAGUCCAUGUCCAUUGGAAGUCUGUCUCCUUUAUGUAGUAUUAUGAUGAAAAAAAGAAAAAAAAAUUAAUAGACAUUAAAAUAAAGGAAAACGUAACCAAAAAGGAGAGCUCGAGGAUAUAAAAUUGUGAAACGCAACUAAACGUAACUGGACCAAGAUCAUAUAUCUUGUCACCAAACAUUUAAAGGCCAGGUUUACACAAGAGAGAAUGAGCUCAUCCUCUCUUGGUUUACACUUGAGAGAUCUUUUUAGGAUUUUGUAAAUGUGUCCGGAUAUAUUUAGGGUAUUCGGAUUUUGCAGGCGUUCAAACACAUCCUUUAAUCCCAGAGUAUCCAUCCAUCGUUUAAAUUACAUCUUUUUGUCCUGAUCAAGAGGGGGUUGUCCAGAUACCAAGUAUUGGUUUUUAGUUCCAAGAUUUAACAUCUCCAGAUACGCGACCAAACCCCGAUUCAAGCAUUUACGUCGUGUAAAUGGCAGAAAGCAAACGUUCCAAAACACCUUCCUCCUCCUCCUCUUCCUCGUCAUCAUCGUUAUCAUCAUCAUAAUUAUCAUAUCCUGUCUAUCCUUUAUUUUAACGCGAUAAAACUCAAAGCUCAAUGUUAGUGGAGUCGUGUAAAAUAAGCUGCAAUAGAACAACAAUAGAAAUGAGAACAAAAUUAGUUACAAUACACACUUACAGUAAAUCUCUCGUGUGAACCUAGCCGCCUAACUUCUAUCGAUUCUGAUACCCUGCUUUGAAAAACCAUUUUUGUUUACAGCAUUGAGACGUUUGUAUCAGAGGUAGAAACGGAAUACUCCAAGUUAAAGCUGUGGAUAAGUAAUUCGGAGAUCGCAGAUUCGUGGCUGAUGGAAUACGAACCCUAUGCUGAUAAACCGGAGAAGCUUGGAACGACCAUUCGAUUAGUGAGGACGCAGCUUCAUGAGAAUCAGGUAAGUACCGCAGCUUAGAUAUAUGUUGUAGACAGAUAUUCAUCGCAUGCGCACGGUCAUUAGACUAAAUUACUCUGAAGUUUCCUAUCAAUACCAUACUUUUAAGUUGAGGAGGGUCAAGAAACGCUUUAAGUGAAAGUAUGGUUCGUUCGUUUUCAAUCACCUGGUCCGCAGCUAUUCAUAUUUCGUGGAAAAAAGGACAGCUUUUACAUGUGGGAAAGAGCUCACGGCGGCCGAUUCAUUGUUUUAGUGCAUCAACAUGGCCAACGUGAAGUCAUAUCAAAAACAAUCUGUAAGAUAAUUUACCUAAAAUAGUUUCCAUCUACAAUAGUAACUGUGAUUCUCUGAAUUUACACCCGAUCUAAAUAGGGACAUUAUUUUUUUUGUCAGGGUCCACCUAACCCUUCCUCGCAUUCCUGUAGACAAAAUGCACCAACUCCAGGCUUUGGGUGGCAUAAUACAAUGCUUUGUAUGUAAUUGUCCAUCCAAGCCUCGGUCUCGCCUUAUUGUGAGGGCUCACUCGAGCGGAAUGCUGGGAAGGUUUUUCGAUGGUAUAUUUUUCUUCAGAAGUUUAAGAGAUCAUGAGUCAAAAGAUGAUAGAACAUCGUCGUCCUGUGAGCUGCACCACAAAAAUUGGUUUUGAUUUCUCAUUUUAGACUGUCUUGGAAAACUUCAGAAAAUCGAAACCCAGAUUGCGUCAUAUGUACGACACAGCAGUUGAACUCAUGAAGAGCGGUCUAGUGGACGAGGCAGAUGUCGAUGAAUUAGAGCGCGUCAUCAAUGUUCUUGUAGCGAAAUGGGAGUCGAUUGACAACCGGUUGAAUGCAAGUCGGGAUCGGUAAGACCUUAGAAGUUUGUUUCAAUUAUCGUUUAGCUCACUGGUUUUGAAUGUGCUUACUUAAAACAUCAGAAGUAGAGCACAUACCUGAAGUUUGAUCCUUUCCAAGCCAUUUUACAAGUAACAACAUCUAAUUCUGAGCGAGAAAUGACUAACAACGCAAAAGGCUCAACUUUGCUGGACUGCAAGUGUUUUUUUCUGAAAUGAAACUUUACCUUUUGUCUAUAUUAACAAACUAUCCGCUUAAUUAUAUCACCUGACAACUAAUAAUCGUGAAGAAAACUACUAAUUAAUUGCUCUUUUCGAUGGAAAACGGUGAUCUGGGUUGAGUUUGUUGUUGGUUCUUUUCCGUGCUCUGGGUGGUUUUUCUCCGGGUGCUCAGGUUUUCCCCUCUCCUUGAAAACCAGCAUUUCCAAAUUCCAAUUCGAUCAGGAACGCACGGACACGUUUCAGUGAGUGCCUUAGAAUUCGUAAGUGCUCCGUGGGUAAACAAAUCAUAAUUACAAUUUUCUUUUUAGGAUUUACGCUGAAAUUGAAAAGCUAAGAAAGAGAAAGGCAAAGCAACGGCCCUCUAUCGUUCGGAGAUUUAGCUCUAGAAGAAAUUUAUCUUUUCGAAGAAACAGAUCUCUUAGAAAGAAACGUGAGGGUGAACAGGAUAAGGAGGUGGCGCCUAAGGUAAUAUACUUUAACACUGUUUUUCAGUUGCAGUUAAGGCAGGGAUCUAUUGCCUGAAGGAAGUUUAGAGCAGUCGAUUUUGCACAAUAUGCUGGUGCAAUGGUUUUUAUUUAGGUUUACUCUACACAAAGUGACACCACGUCACGUGAUAUUUUCUGUUUUCCCGUGUGUUCUUUCUAGUGUAGUUCCUUUGUCGUAACACCACUGUGUGUGAUCAGGUUAGGUUAAAUUACAUAGUAGUUAAUAAAUUCUGUUCCUCGAAAAAUAUAUAUUUAUCAAGAGGAUCAGAGUUUCUUAGGAGUACUAAUGUUAAGCUUUGACUCAGCUGGAUUUUGUCGAAAGAUGAAAGAGCAGACACAUAAUUCGUUGGUAACUCGUGUGGCCUUCGUUAGUUUGAGAGAAAGUCGGAAAUUCGGCCUUAGAAAUAUCAAGUGCAUACUCGUUAUUGCAGAGAUAGACAGUAGUGUAGUUGUAGUAUACUUUCAACGAUCACACCAUUACUCUAAUUACUGUGUUUCCUGCAGGGUGCACAGUCUUAUAAAGUGUACGUUGACGAGCAAGAUAACUUACCCACGCCGGAAGUCGUUACCAGCACGAGCUCCAUGAACGUAAAUGCCUCAAUGGAUCCCGUGCACAUUCUUAUGAUGAAAAACAGACAACCCGUGGAAGAAAAACUGAGGUAUGUUAAAAGAAAACAGUCUAGAUGUUACAACCAAAAAAUAAUUUUUUCUUCUUCCACGAUCAACUCCUGGGAGAGGCGGGACAUCACGCCAGAGAGAUUAUGGAGGAAAAGAAAACUUUAGGAGAUGAAUUGACUAGCUAGCCUGAAAAGGAAAAACACCCAUUCUCACAUAUGGGACUAUUUUAGGUAAAUUACGUUACCAUGUAUGAAAUUUGUGUCCUUUAAUUUGGCUGUUUCACAUUUUUCACGGUUUUCGAAACGUAGGCAGAAUUUGUAAUUUUCGGGUUUUGCUCCAUCUCGGUGACAGUAGAAAAACUGGGUAAGAAAUGACUAUUUUUUCUGGAGUAAGAGUUCUUUGAAAGCUUUUUCAGUCCUUGUCAAGGACUGGAAUUGUAACAGACUUAAAUAAUAUAAUUGAAGGCAUUUUUGUGACCAUUGACCAAAUAUCCUUUCAGGUUGCAGAAUCAAAGGAAAGCUUUCCAAACCUUUACCCUAACUCUCGAGGCAUGUGAAAAGACAAUUCAGGAUCUCCACUCGAAAUCGCUGGAGAAAUUCUCAAAUAUUGACUCAAACGCGGAAGAGAUUCAAAAACAACUUGAUGACAUGUCGGUGAGUAGCUAUUUGGCGUUUGUCCUUGCGGUUUUUCUAUACAAGGUGGGUGAUCAAAAGCUCUGAAACCCUAACUCUCCUGUUUCAGACCAUAAUAUAUGAUUUUCCCAACUUUUGUUCAGUCCAAAAUAUGUGAUUUUCCCUACUCUAUUUCAAACUUGAACCAACAUUUUCAACGCAACUGAUCAAGCAACAUGGCCAUUUCCAGACCCUCUUUCCUUUGCAACAAACCUCAGCCUAUUGAAGAUAUACGGAAAGCUGUACCCAAUUGAAGACCAAAAGGACUUGAGCACAAUACCCCGGCGUUGGGACUGCACAUACACACAGUGUAUGCAGCUCAUUAAGCGAAAAUUCCCUCCCCGGGUCUUUGACACACUAAUGUUUUUCGCACCGGUCUCUGUUAAUCCCAAAACGAAGAAAGCCAGGUUGUUUAAAAAUGGAAAUCUUUCAUCUUAGCGGUACCUCAACAUACAAUCAUAUUAUAUCUGGAGAAAUUAGAAUUUACAUGCCACUUUGGGCCUGGGAGGGUUUCGCAAUUCUGCAUGAGUAGUUUAUUAGUGUAGGGAUUUAUCUUAAUACAACUGCUAUAUUUUAACAGGGGCUUGAAACAGAUUUAAAGAAUUCAAAGACUAAAUUUCAAUCAGAAAUAGAGCGAUUCGAGAAAGCCAAGGGAGAAGGAUUGUUUAGUGACAAAGACCAAGCAAUUCUUGAACAGAGGGUGAAGAAUCUGCAAUCUUGCUGGGGAAAAUUGUGGGAAGAACACAUAGCGAACAAGAAUCGGUAAGACAUAAAAAUCCAUCGUGAGUGACAAUGGAAAUAAAAGCAAAACGGUAAUAAUGAUGAUGAACAUGAUGAUGAUAAUGACGAUGAAAAUAAUAAAAAUAAUACCAGUAAUCAUGAUUAUAAGUAGAAUCGCUUACCUUAUAAUCGUACUCCGAGUAGGGUUCGAAAAUUCUGCCUUUUACACUUAAAUGUCAACUCCGUUACCUUUUUCACAACAAAAAUUUCCCAUUAAUUGUAAAAUCAUUGUAUAGUUAAGGCUCAUUUUCGUUUGCUUUGACAUCAUUUUUGCUAAGAUUAUAGAAGAAUGGAGAUCACUGCUUUAUAGCCAUUCCCUGCCCUCCUGGCUACUUCGCCAUAUUUUAUUUACUCAAUAUUAUUCAUCAACAUGUGACUGAUUAAACUCUGUAAUGAAACUUCAUCUAACAGGUUGGAAAAACAAAGGGAUGCCUUCAAAACCUUUGACUUGUCUUUGAAGAAACAAGAAAAUACAAUUAACGAUCUCGACACGGAAGCGCUCCAGAAAUUUUCAGCUGCUGGUUCAAAUAGACACGAACUUGAAGCGCAACUAGAUGACAUUAUGGUAAGUAGUAAAAAUACAUGAUUGGUAGUCGUUGACUAAAUAUUUCACCUAAGUUCAUGAGGGUAACAAUGACGGAAUGAUCUAUUGAGAAAGUCUGGGGGUAUGGGAGAGGUGGGAGCCUGCUGCCCUCUACAGGACUUUAUAGUCUCCUAAAUAAAGCCAUCAUUUUCCGAGUAAUUCGAGUAUUCUCGAAGAGUGAUCUCCUUGAAUAAAUAGAAAUGAUACUGUUAUUCCAAUAAUUUAUGUUUCGCCACAACGAAACUUCCGUUGUAUGAAAAAGCAACGUCAUUAACAAGUAUGUGGAAGGUACAUUAGAUUGAUUUGUUGCCACAUUUUGUAAAGGAUGUCUAAAAGACAUUGACGAGAUAAGCCGUUAGAUAUGUUCUAUUUUCUGUUUUAUUUCUUCCAGCAAUUUGAGUCUGAUCUAAGGAAAAAGAGAUUUGAGUUUCAAUCCGAAGUGGACAAAUUUGAAAAGGCUAAAACUGAAGGCCUGUUUAACGACACUCACAGAAAGAUCCUUGAAAAGAGAGUGGAAAAUUUGCAGAAUCGAUGGGACGAACUGUGGAAAGAACACAUCUCCAAUAAGAUUCGGUAGGAAAUUAGUUUAAACCUGCUUUAAGUAUUUAUUAAUAACUUCAGACAGGUACAGGGGAGGGUGUGAACUUUCCCUUAGGGCGUUCAAGUUGACACAAGUUAUUUAAAAAUCUGGCCAACGGCAAAUGCUAGAGACCCACUAGUUUCUCUAUGGCUUUGCAAGCCGUUUGCGCGGUGCAUUUAUGCAAAAUUCAAGCGUCAAUAGGUCCCAGGUCUUAAUUAAGUUAAUUCCUUGAAAGGACUGUUAACACUGCUAACAUUCCCAGAACCUGCGAGGAUGUCAUUUUGAAGUGAAGAAGUAAAAUGUUUGUAGACUUGUAGUAAAAAGCAGUAAUAUUGUUUUGAUAAUAAUAAUUUGAUGGAAAAUCUAGAAAUUUCAGCGUUCUUACAUAGUUUAAAGAAUAGCAAAAAGUUGAUUAUUUUGCGAGUUUCGAGAGAGUUCAUUGGCACUUGAUAACAAGCACAAUUUUAUUUGUGUUUAUGAUUCAGUAAUGAUUGUUGUGUUUCAUCACAGUAUCGUAAAGGCCACCUUGGAGCACGCCCACAACUCGAUGAAGAAUAUUACUGAAGAUUUUGAUAAAAUCGAGAAACAAAUGAAUACGCCUGAAGUCUAUGACGAUGAUGACCGUCUUUCCUUGAAAGAAAAUGUUCUAAAACAGAAGGUAAGAAUAUACCUUGGAAUGCCAGCCGGAUUUUGGUGAUCGACAAGGGGGGGGGAUGAAGAUAUUGAAACUCGAAGCUUGAAAUUUUAGCAGCCCCCCUCGCUAGCGGUUCAAUUUUUUAGGAGCCCCCUCCUUGAUAGUCGAAAAAAUUUCAGAGCCCCCCCCCUCCUCCUUCAAUUCCUUUGAUCCCCUGAAUAAAGAUCGCUAGACUGUAGUAAAUAUAUUUACCGUUCUUGUGUUCAAUGGUUUAUACUAUGACAAACUUGAGAUACAGUUGUGACACAAUUUUCUGUAGCAUUUUUGGGAUGAACAAGAGUGUAAUAAUUACUGAGACUACAUUUGUUAUAUCUGUAAACCACGUGAUAUAGCUGAGUUGCACAGGUCAUUAAAUUGUUGAGUUGAAAACCAUCCGAUCUGUAUGAUGAUGUCAUGUGUUGGUUUUCAAGUAUACAAAUUUUCGGAGCCCCCCCUCCUAGCGCAACAUUUUUUUCAGAGCCCCCCCCUUCGGGUGUCUAAAAAUUUUCGGAGCCCCCCCUCAAUAUCUUCAUCCCCCCCCCCUUGUCAUAUUAAAUGAACUUUCCCUAACCUAUCUUUUUGUCCUUUUGCGAGGCUAAAGGAGCGGACACUUUUGAUACUAAAGAGACGCUUUCCAUUGAACCCAAAAUUCCGGAAAUUUGGUCAGAAAUCAAAUGGAAUUAACCAUUUCGAUUCGGUCCCACGGGAAUAUUUGACCGGUGCGGUCAUUUCGGUUGGUCGGUCGGACCGAAAUGUCCCUUUCCACUUAACGAAAUGGUUGUCUUUAGUACCGCUCUUCGUUUAUCUCGCGUACAAGCACAAUGACCAAACGCGCGGUGGCUUGGGUCAACAACUGGAAUGUACCGUUCCAUUCCCAAAUGUUUUUAAGUGGAAAGUGUCCAAGUUCUCUUGUUAUGUCCAUUUAAGUUGGAACAUUCUUGAAGGUAGUCUUUUAGCGACUUACCUGCUGAACAUUUACUCCUUUGAGUGAACUGUUAAAUCCUUCUCUUUGCAAUAACAAGUACUAGUUUCAAUAAUUACAAUGUGCAUUUACUGAAGCGCCCAAAAACGUAGACAUAAUGGUACUAACCCAAAGCCUUUGUCCGUCAGAGACUCAUGGAGGAUUUGGACCAGUACGAUGACCCCAUACACAAAGUGAGUCACAUAGCAGACAAACUGUUGGAAAGAAAUUUGGUCGACGAUCAGACGUGUGCUUUCAUCAAAAGGAAAACAGUUGCUCUCAUUGAAAGACAACAACAGCUGAAAAACAGUUGCAAGGAAAGUGGAGACAGGUUAGCUAUUCCAUGAAGCAAUACGACAGCGUAAACCGAUUGAUGAAUACAUGUAAACUGGUUGAUAUAUGCAUCGCGAUAAUUGGCGUUUUGUUCUCGUGACAACUUUACACUCAUGAAAUCGUUGGCUUAAACUGUUUGCUGUACCAAAAUGACCUCUUUUUCUUCAAUGUUCCGACGCUUUCACCUCGUAUUCAUGCUUACAUAUUUAAAGCAAUAGCUCAUGUAUUAGCAGCAGUAGAAGUGAUUUUAUUAAGCGAGGGUAGCAUAAUCUAUGAUAAUAUCAACAACUGAUUACCUACUGGCCCUCGAAAAAUAUAUCAACCGGGAAUUUUUCCUGUUUCGCGUCUGAUCAUUUUCAACAAUAGAUUUCUCAAAAAAAUCUUUGUUUCAAUGACUGUUCAUUCGAUUUUGGGCAAUCUAAUUGUGUUUACGACGUAGCUGUUACUAGUGACAUAAAUCGUAGGAGAAUGGAACGCCCCGUUUUCAUGCUCGUCACUUUUUACCUUUGAAGGUUUGAAAUGGAGCUUGAGCUACAUAAUCAACAAAGUAGUGGGUCACCAUCAGAGGUGGAAGAAGAAACUGUCAAGAUUAGUGAUGAUUACGCUAUGCUCUCUCAGUCUCUUGACGAUAUUCUUGCUGAUGAAGGAUUUGCGGAAAUGGAUUCGUCCAAGGUACUUGCAGCUUUAAAAUUCGUGCUUUGAAACCUUUUCUUUUUCAUGUUUGGCAGAAUGGGUCAUAAUAAAUGCGUGAAAAUAUUGCUUUCAUAAACCUUAUCGUAACCGAUGCUCAUACCAUUGUUUUUUCUUCAGCGGAACAUCAAUGUCCCUUCAGCCUGGGGCCUUCAGAUGACAUAAUAUCAAAUGUAGCGUGAUAAAAAUUUCAGGGCGAUAUUCAUGCUUAAUGUAUUAUAAGGUUUCAAAUAAUGAGAUUCCAACAAAAGUAGAUCAGGACAGUUUCUAUUAUAGAACUUGGAAGAAGCAAGUAAAUCAUUGAUAGCAGCUUUUUGAUACGGCUAUAGGGCUGUAUCAGACGGCUGUAUAUGCUCUUCAUGGAUUAAAAUAACAUUACUACUGACUCAGCUUAACUAGACCUGAAUUCAAGGACUGAUGCUCCUUUUGUGAUACUCAGUUAUAGCCAAGUACAAUAAAUCCAUAUUCUCAUAUCAUAGACUUUGUUUGACUGUGUGACUAGUGUCAGAGAGUCAUUUCAGAAAGUUAAAGAUACUAUUCCAAAAAACAACAACAACAACUAUUUUAUUCCACAAAGGUACAUACAGUAAUUACACACUCAGUUAAUUAAUCACAGGUAUAAGAAAUCGGAAAAAACUUUCCCACUGCUAAUAGCAUUAAAGGCUAAUCGAGGCGGGGGAAAGAUGAAGACAAACUUAAGGUAAUAAAACAGAUCCAAAAAAAAAAAAAUAAAUGAAUAAACAAAAUAAAAAUAGUUAUUUUGCUUUCCAAGGCUAAGAUAAAUUGCUAAAGUAAUUGAGCAAUUGAGAGACUUCAAUGUAGUCAUUCACAAGCUCUAAAGUUUCAAGAAGUAUUUGUUCAGUUUUGAUUCGGAGCCGGGAUGUCAACGAAAGAGCUUGUCAAUACGUAUUUUUUCUAAACAUUAUUUGAUUAUCAGUGAUUUUUUCUAUUUUCUCUAAGUCGUUCCUGGAUGUGAAGACGACCAAUUUUGAUAGAGAGGUGCAGUUAAUGAACAAGUGGAUGACUGACUCUCAAAAGUUAGUGAAUUCAUUGCACGUGGAAAUGGAUCCGAAGGAAGUGACAGGGACAGUGCAGCAAAUUAAGGUUGGAUUGCUUUGCACAUCAAUUCAAAAUAACGUUUUAGACGUUGGAAACCGUUUGGAUUCUUUAUGUAAGGUCAGAUAAAUUUGUACACAGUUAUACUUAUCACUUGAGACGUUGUUGCAAGGGAGCUCCUUUGGCUGGGUGCCAGAUUUCGUAGCGGUAGGUCUGGGUUCGAUUUCCGAUCUAUCAACUCCUUUGGGGUCUCAUAAAAAAUUAAGUGAGUAGAAUGUGAUGUCUUUGUUUUGACAUGGGAAAAUGUUCCUUUAGCCAUCCAGUGGUCUUCUCGAAUAAGGACAAAAGUAGUAUGUCUCGUCCCACAACUCUUUUCUGAUGUGACGCUUGUGUUAGAUAAAGGAACCACUACAGACGCAACAGUCUGUUGCAGUGACUACCCUUAGGGCUAGUGUCUAUCUCUCCUGGGUUGUGGGAUUGGGAAGGGAGGUGUGCAUCACUGUUGGGCAGGUCUGCACUCCCUAAGACUGAUAAGAGUUACAUAUAGAAUGCAGUGACUUAAAAUGAAUCAUACCCUUGACUCUAUGAUGUCACUGCUAUUUAAGUUAUCGAGUCGUCAAGUCUUUGGCCUGUUGCACUGGUAUAAGGUAUAAACCACAAUUUCAGUAUAAAGGUAAAUGCAACGCUUCGGUCUGGGUGGAACUUUCACUUGAUAAGACAAUGCCGUCCUCUGGUCUCUGACAUUUUCUGACCGGUCGUUCUUACAUGAAGACAACAGCCUUUUGUUCUCCUGGAAGAUAAACGUAACGGUUGCAAAGUUUGCCACCAUUAAAGCUGUUGACGUUGCUGAAGUGCCAGACAGGCGCUGGCGGAAUAGAGAGGAAUCAUCAAGAUAGUAUUAAGACAAAAAUUUGUAUUUUCUUUAGGCUCUUUAUGAAGAGAUAGAGAAGAAAGAAGCUAAGAUGAAAGCAAUCAAUAAACUUGGUCAGGAAAUAACGAAAGAGUCGUUAAACAUAACCACUACGGAAACAGUUGAAAAGAAACUGGAAGCACUGAACAUAAGGUGGCAAGAGACCAGGGAGAUGUUGAAGGACUUCUGCAAAAAGGACGAUGAAGACGCUGCAGAAUAUCAGGGCUGUUGUUGUUCACGAGUAAUCACUAGAAUGUUUCAUGCUUGUUUUUAUAGUUAAUAAGUGCAGCUUAUCUCAAGCAGUAUACGUAUGAAAUCAUUAUUUUUCGGAUGGCCAACAGUUGUGGAAAAGAAACUGGUCAUGAUUCCAAUGGCCACGGACGUUUUCAAAGUGUGAUUGAACUUGCGCCCAGGAUCGUGUUU